GAUGUGAGUGUGGGCUGCUGCUGCUGCUGCUGCUGUCCACACAGCAUUCCUCGCAGGUGUCUCAAUAGUUAAAGCAGUACCUGCACCCUCAGUUCAUUACCGCGCCGCGGAAACACGUUUUUCAGAACACCUGUCGGGGUUUCCCUCAAUCAAGCGCGUCGAGCCCCACCUGACAGUGACGUCAUCCCAGAACCCCGCCCCGCGCUCGCUGACGCGCUGGAUACAAACAGCGUAAUGUAUUGGGUCCGGAGAGCGGAGCGUUCACAUGGUCCACACAUGUUCCGACGCCUCAUUGAAGAUGAGAAAAGAAAUCGCGGCGGUUGUGUUUUUCCUCAUGAGGCUCGUCAGGAAGAAUGACAAGCUGAAGAAGGAGGAAGUGGAGAAGCUUGCAGAGAAGCUGACCGCCAUCCUGCACGACAAGUUCAGGGGUCACUGGUACCCUGACAACCCAGACAAGGGCCAGGCCUACAGCAGGGAUGCAUUAGUGGAUGAAGCCUCUGUUAUUCUCUGCAGGUGUAUCCGAGUGAGCAGGUUCCAGAGAGGAGACCCAGAGCUGCAGAGGGCCUGUGAGGAGAGCGGGGUGCAGUACCCUGACCUGGGCCUCCCCAAGGAGCUCACUGUGUGGGUGGACCCUGGAGAGGUGUGCUGCAGGUAUGGGGAGAAGAAUCACACCUUCACCAUAGUGAGCUUCUCCCGCGGCGAGGAUGACGACAGAGAGGACAUCACUAAGAGAGUGACGAGUGCUGUUGAUAAAGUCACUUCAGAUUACCACUCUGGAUCCUCCUCGGAGGAAGAGAGCAGCCCCAAAGAACCCCACAAGCCUGCUGCUCCACCACCAUACCUCUCCCUCCAAACCAUGUGCCAGGUGCCUGACUUGAUUUACCAGCCAGUCCCACCAGUGUGGCAGCAGUACCACAGGAAGAAGCCCAGCUUGUACAAGGGGAGGGGUCUGCCUCACUUUCAGUAUGGAUACCAGCAGCAGGGGAGGCUGUGCAAAGCGUUCCAGCAGACACACUGGGUUCUGCCCCGCCCCCUGGGGGGAGGGGCCACUGCUAGGGGCGUGGUGAGCUGAAGUGCUUCUGCAGAGUAAUGAAGAAAGGGUUCUGUGAACAGUCAGGAGAAGACCACGACCUUAGACCAAACUCUUGUGAAAUUAUUUUUGUAGUAAGUUGUUUAGGAUGAUUUUUGGUAAUUAAAAAAAAAAAAAAAAACUGUUCUUGCACUUUAGAUACAUUGUAAUAGUAAUAUUAACACACACAUAUAUAUAUAUAUAUAUGAAACAUGUUUUGUUUUUGUAAGAGAUGCUAGUAAAGUGCCUGAGUAUUUUUAAUAUUGGAAAUUCUGUACUGUAUUUAUAUAAUUGUAGAAAUCAGUAUUACUCACAGAAGUUUGACAUAACUGUCUAUCACGUGUUUACAUGACCCUGAGAAGUAUGGAAAGAAUCAUUAUUUACACUAUAUUCUGAUGUUUUAUUUCUUGUGUGGACAGUUUUAAACGAUGGCAGCUUAUAUUUGUAUAGAAAAUAAAUGAAUUUGCUUAGAUGCAAAU